GAGGGGUUUGGCUAUAACAUUGAUGGGUGUCGUAGUCCCACAGAUUAGGGCAGGAUGGUCUACGAUGGUGGAACGUUGACUUGAAAAAGCGUCUGUGUGUGUAAGAGAAGGGGGCGGAGAGAACCCAGGCUCAUAUCCCAUUAACCAUUAGCAGCCUUAUUUCUCCUCCCAUUUCACAGAAUGCAUUUAGUCAUUAAGUAAACAGCUCUUAGCGCGCUCGGGUAUGUACAGAUCCCCAGGAAACAAUGCCGUAAGAGAGCUCUCUGGCUCCACUUUUGAGCCAGCAAGAUAUUAAUGGAGCAAAGGUUGUCCGGAUAAAAUAGCCAGCUGCCCGAGUCCUUUCUUUAGCUGCCUGUUGGAAUUCGUUCUUCGAGGCGUCCUCUAGCCGAAUCUCAGACCUCUGGACUCACCGAAGUCUUCUAGGACAGGCAAAUUUCGUACCUAACGAAUCCAUUUUGCCAAAUCAGCGCUUUGCGGUUACCCUGGAGGGGUCGUCGUUGAUGGUGGACCGGAGAAUCUGGAAGACCUCGUAGGAACAAGAGAGCAGCUAAGCUCCUGGGGGGAGUAAACACCCCUUUUCAGCUUGCGGGAAGACGCUCGGGAUCCACCAGCGAGCAGAGGCGACUUUUCCUCUGGGCCACCUGCCGUAGCAAGAGAUCUCAUGAAAAGUAGAGGAUAAAUGGCAGGCACAAACGUGGAAGCUGAACUGACCAGAAAAUGGAUGGUCCUAUGGGAGGAAGUGGUGGCGCAAGGAGACCAGACGCGAGGCAGCGACCGGUUUAGCGGGAAGGCCGUUGAGGAUCAUUUGAUCCCACCCACUGUGCAACACAGCUGGACGGAGCUCCACCAAGCUGCCAGGAAUGGGAACCUCCACCUAGUGAAGAAGUUGCUGAAGCAAGGAGCAGCCAUAGAGAGCAGAGAUGAGAACGGGUGGACGCCCCUGCAUGUCGCAUCCUUGAAUGGCUACGCUGCCCUGGUGAGGUUUCUCCUUCAGCGCGGAGCAGUGAUCCACGCAGGCACCCCUUCUGGCUACACGCCCUUGCACCACGUGGCCUGGAGUGGCCACACCCAUGUGGCAGAGUUCCUCCUGGCGCGGGGGGCCCUGGCGACUGCAGCCACCCGAGGCGGCCUGACCCCGCUCCAUUGUGCGGCAGCCAAUGGACACACCUUGAUGAUGCAGCUGCUUCUGCGGCGUGGUGCGGAUGUGGCUGCCGUGGACUGUAACUGGUGGACACCCUUGCAUUGGGCCACAGCUAACAACCAGCUGCAUAUCAUGGACCUCUUGAUUUCCUGGCCCGUCAGCCCAGAUCAGGGGUGCAAAGGAGGCAUCACGCCACUACAUAUCGUCGCUGAGCUUGGACGAGUAGACGCCCUGCUCCUCUUACUCACGCACGGAGCCAACGUGAACAUACAGGACGAGCUGGGACGGACGCCGCUUUCCUCUGCAUCUACCAAUGGCCAUCAAGAGAUUGUGAAGCUACUGCUCCAAAGGCAAGCAGAUGUAAACCUCGCCGACUGCCAUGGUUGUACUGCGCUCCACAAAGCCGCCACUGCUGGACACCUUGGUAUAGUCCAUCUCUUGGUCAAAGAAGGUGGUGCUCAGGUGGAUGGAAGAGACAGCCUUCAUCUAACUCCCCUCCACAGAGCCUCCAGCUGCGGCCACGUUGAGGUGGCCAGCUAUCUCCUGGACCAUGGAGCUGACAUCAACGCAACAAGCUGGCUCCACAAAACCCCUUUACACCUGGCUUCCGAGAAAGGACACUUCCCCCUAAUGGAACUUUUAUUUGCAAAGGGAGCAGAUCUCACCUUGAGAACUCAGUGGAACGAGACUGCUCAGGAUCUUGGAUCAGAGACCUCUGCAACCACCACUACCCAAGCUAUCCCUCUGUCUCAAGCCCCCGGCGCCUUUGCUCCUUCCUGAUUCAUCCCUUCCAGCAUCUCAUGUCUCAUAUUAAAA